AUGGACAAGGAAGGAGGAUUUGUUAACAAACCACCUAUUAUGAAUGGCACCAACUAUGAUUACUGGAAGGCACAUAUGGUGGCUUUUCUAAAAUCUAUGGAUAGAAAAACCUUGAAAGAAGUUAUCAAAGUUUGGAAAGACCCUGUGGUGAAGGACAUAGAUGGGAAGGACACGACUAAUUUGAAGCCGGGAAAGGAAUGGUCCAAGGAAGAAGAUGAACUUGCUCUCGGAAACUCCAAAGCUUUGAGCGCCCUGUUCAAUAGGGUUGACAAAAAUAUAUUCAGGAUGAAAGAUGAUGAGUGCAUUCAUGAUUUUCACAUGAACAUUCUUGACAUUGCCAAUUCAUCUAGUGCCUUGGGAGAGAAGAUAUUAGAGGAGAAGUUUGUUAGAAAAAUUCUCAAAUUGUUGCCUAAGAAGUUUUACAUGAAGGUCACAACUAUUGAAGAAGCCCAAGACAUUUUCAACAUGAGAGUGGAUGAGCUUAUUGGGCCACUUCAAACUUCUAAAUUGGCUAUCAGUGAUAGAUCUGAAAAGAAGAACAAAAGCAUAACUUUUAUCUCCAACACUAAGGAUGAAGAGGGUCAAUAUGACUUGGAGACUGAUGAAGGAAUUUCUAAUCCCAUUGUGCUUCUUGAAAGGCAAUUCAAUAAGGUGUUGAAGAAAAUGGAUAGGAAGUCAAGUCCUAAUGUCAAGAACAUAUCAAAAUGUCCCACAUAUCUCAAGAAACAAAAGAAGGGCUUGUUUUAUUCUUUGCCUGAUGACGAUUUUGAAGAUGAAACUGAUGAUGAAACUGCUAAGCAUGUUACAGCCUUCACUGGUAGAUAUGAACUUGAGGAAGGUUCCUGUGAUGAGUAUGUUUCUUAUGAAGAAUUUUUGAUUUCAUACAGAGAGCUUUGUGUCAGAAGUGAAAAGGUGUGUAAGAUAGGAGAAAAGCAGAAGAGAAUUAUAGCUCAAUUACAGGAUGGAAAAGAGAAUCUUUUAUCUACUAUCUCUGGUCUUAAAGAUGAGGUAACCCUGUUGAAUUAUAAACUUGAAAACAUGACCAAAUUAAUAAGAAUGUUGAACAAUGGGUCUGGUAUGUUAGAUGAAAUUCUUCAAGUUGGAAAAGGGGUUGGAAACUUAAAAGGUAUAGGUUUUGAUUACCAAUCUCUCAAAGGAAAAAACCUAGUGACAAAACUUAUUCCUCCAGAAAGGAAGGCUAAUCAUAUGAUGAUUAAAACUAGAAAGGAGUGGAAACCUAAGAUUGUUGUCUCUAUUCUCAUAGCCCAUACUUCUCUUAGAGCUUCAUCUAGAGAAGACUGGUACUUCGAUAUUGGUUAUUCAAGACACGUGACAGGGGUCAAGAAGUAUUUGGUGGACAUUAAAUCUUAUUCCUCUAGUUUUGUCACGUUUAGUGAUGAAGCUAAAGGUGAAAUAAAGGGUAUAGGAAAUAUAGGUUGCAAUUGUCUUCCUAUACUAGAUGAUGUUCUGCUUGUGAAAGGACUGACUACAAAUCUCAUCAGUAUUAGUCAGUUAUGUGAUCAAGGUUUAAAAGUCAAUUUUACCAAGUCAAAAUGUUUGGUUACAAAUGAGAAGAAUGAUGUUCUGAGGAGAGGAGUUAGGUAUAAAUAUAAUUUAUAUUUAUGGAUACCACAAGAAACUACUUGUUCUUCCACAUGCUUAAUGUCCAAGGAAGAUGAUGUCAAAUUGUGGCACCAGAAGCUUGGACAUCUUAAUCUCAAAGGUAUGAAAAAGAUUGCGUCUGAAGAAGCUAUUAGAGAUAUACCAAAGCUCAAAAUUAAGGACAGUAAAGUCUGUGGUAUUAGUCAUGAGUUCUCAUCUCCCAUCACUCCUCAGCAAAAUGGAGUUGUGGAACGCAAGAAUAGAACAUUAGAAGAAUUAUCUAGAGUUAUGCUUCAUGCAAAAAAUCUUCCUUAUCAUUUUUGGGCUGACGCAAUGAACACUGCUUGCUAUAUCACAAUCGUGUUACUCUAA